CUUAUGUGGAAGUACAUAAGUAAUUCACCAUUUUGAAGCACAAAGUAGGCUAGACUGGAAAAGCUUUCGAGCACGGCCGCGUUUCGAGCCGUGGUAAUAAUUUAAUGUAUCACGACAGCAAUUGCGUUGGCAGCACUGGCAUCCACUCGUGCGUGGGUUUGAACUGUCACACGCAAGCAAAAUCAAAAUCAGCGAAAUAAAUAAGUUAUGUAUUAAAAGUGUAAUUUCAAUUUGUCGAAAUACAGUUCCAUCUUACUUGGAUUUCACUGAAACAGACUGAUCCAAAGGCACUACCGUGAAACAGGAUGAAUGACAUAAUUUACAUGGACUACAAUGCCACGACACCAGUAGCCCCUGAGGUGGUACGUAAAAUAACAGAUAGCCUCCAAAAUGUGUGGGCUAACCCAAGUUCUUCAUAUCCAGAAGGAAUAGUUGCAAAAACAGCUUUGCAGUCAGCCAGAAAAGAGAUAGCUUUGCUCCUUAAUUGUGAAGCAGAUAACAUAGUUUUUACAUCUGGUGGUACAGAGGCAAACAAUAUGGUAAUAUUUAGUACCGUCAAUAAGUACAAGUCAAGGAUUCAGGAAAAUUUGUAUCCUGAUGGAGACCUAAAAAAAUCAAAUCCUCAUGUAAUUACUACUGACAUUGAGCAUGACUCUGUCAUUUUGCCACUAAAGAAACUAAAGGAAGAUGGUUUUGUUGAUCUUACUGAGGUGAGUGCCAAAAAUGGAGGCAUGGUAUCUGCCAGGGAUGUUGUUGCUGCUAUCCAGCCAAACACCUGUCUUAUUACUGUCAUGUUGGCUAACAAUGAGACUGGGAUCAUUCAGCCUGUUGAAGAAAUUGCAAAGGAUUUGAAAAAAAUCAAUGCUGAAAGAGCGAAUAUUUGCUUGCCACAGAUAUUAUUGCACACAGAUGCUGCUCAGGGUAUUGGCAAAAUUUCAGUAAAUUUUGAAACCCUGAAUGUUGAUUACCUCACAGUAGUUGGCCACAAGUUUUAUGGACCAAGAAUAGGUGCGUUAGUGGCAAAAGACAAGAAGUCACUACAACCAUUACUUUAUGGUGGUGGACAAGAAGAAGGCAUUAGACCAGGCACUGAAAAUGUUGCAAUGGCAGUAGGUUUAGGAGAAGCUGCGAGACUUGCAAACAAAUUACUUCCAGAACUGACUUCCAAAAUGCAACAAGUCAGAGACCAUCUUGAGCGGAGGUUAGAGGAAACAUUAGGAAACGUGGUUGAAUUUAAUUGUCAACCUAAAGACACAUCCCUACGACUUCCGAAUACAAGUAGUGUGUCUGUAUGUCGACAAGGGAUGACGGGCCCUGCUAUACUGGCAGAGUGCCCUCGGCUGCGAGCCAGCACUGGCUCUGCCUGCCAUGCUCUUGGGCAGUUGUCAGGUGUCCUUAUUGCCUCUGGUGUUCCAAGACAGAAGGCUUGUUGCACUCUCCGGCUCAGUAUUGGAAGAGAGACAACGCAACAUGAUGUUGAAACUGUUGUAGAGCAGCUGAGUCAAGCGGUUAAAAGACUGGAGACUAAUUUUGUUAAAUAGCUUAUUUUUAAUUGAUUUUAGUUCCUGUUACAUUUGCAGUUUUGUGAUACUGAAAGCUCUCUAAAGGUUACUGCAUAUUUUUGUAAUUAAUUUCAUUAUAAACUGUGUAUUUGGAGGCAGCCUGAAUGUUCAUGUUGGGCCAUAUAAUGCCUGCUACUAACUGUCACAGUUGCAGCUUUCGCUUCGUUUAUAGAAUGGAAAUGGUAAAAAUCUUGACAAAGAAUGUAUUUGUCAUUCCUGUUUUCUGUAAACCAGAAGUUGUUACAUGCAUCUUGCCUGAAAAGCUUAGUUUUCAAAGUAUUUGUAAAAAGCUGAGCUUACAAAAACUUAAUUGAAAAUAUGGAUAGAAGAUACUGUAAAGGUGCAUCCACACUAUGCCUUUCUCGUGUUCAACUUUGCACUUGCGCAUUAAGUUCCAACAGCACAACUACACAUCCACACAUGUGCAUUCGAAUUUCCUGAAAAUGGAGACCAUGUGUAAAGCAUAUUAUUACUUGCCUUUGGUGAGAAUCUGCACCUUUUAGCAGAUGACAGGCAGCUGGGGCCCAUGUGUGUCUGUUUGCGUAGUGUGUUGAGGUUAUGUUGUAAAGUAAUUUAUGUGCAGUAGUGUCUGUUGACUCCAAAGGAAGCACACUUAAGUUUACAGAUGAUUACAGGCAAAGAAAAAAGUUGUGUAGAAAGCUACUUCUGAAGAUUAUUUGAAUAAAAAUUCGAGAUGUGU